AGCUAGACCUACUGUAUCUAGUCAGUACUUGGUUGAAGUGAUGAACACAGUUUAUGCAUGUGUAUAUUGUAGCCAUGAUGAGGCAAUGCUUGCUGGUGACCACUAAUAUUACAUGUGAAGCAACUAACUAGCUAUAUGCCUAUAUAUAUGCAACAUAUUUCCUUCUAAUUCUCUGUCCUUCAUAACUUCUCAUACACAACAAUAAUUAAUCAGAAGAGUUCAUCACCUAAGAUAAAAUAUGGCAAAAACAACUGAUAAUAAAUCCAAUCAACUCAUCCUUGACGAAGAAGAAGCCGCGACAGCAGCAUCGAUACAUGGCAGUCGUAAACGAGGAGGUUGGAUCACCUUUCCCUUUAUAACAGCGGCUAUAUUAGCUAUACAAGUUGGUUCUUCUGGUUGGUCUGCGAAUUUGACCGUGUUUCUAAUCGGACAAUUCAACUUCAUGAGUAUUACGGCUGCUCAAGUCGGUAAUAUAGUUUCUGGAACUAGUAGUUUCUUGCCUAUAUUUGGAGCCAUCCUCGCAGAUUCGUUCUUCGGGAACUUCUCCGUUAUUGCUGUUUCUUCAUUAUUCUCCUUGAUGGGACUGAUAUUAUUCAUGUUCACGGUGACGGUACCUUCCUUAAGGCCUCAAAAGUGUGCAGCGAAUGCCACCGGCUCUUCAGCAGGGACGUGUGAAACAGCGUCAACUCUACAGAUUGCGGUUUUAUACACAUCCUUAACACUAUCCGCGUUAGGAUUAGGCGGAUCGCGUUUCACAGUUGCAACAGUGGGUGCUGACCAAUUCGAGAAACCGAAAGAUCAAGAAUGUUUUUUCAAUUGGCAUUUCUUCAAUUUCUAUGUUGGGCUAAUGAUCGGAGUUGUGGGUAUUGUUUAUAUUCAAGACAAUAUUGGUUGGGACUGGGGUGUUGGCAUAUGUCUUGCUGUUAAUAUCCUUGGAUUAAUCACUUUCUUGGCGGGUAAACGUUAUUACCGGCAAGUUAAAACACAAGGAAAUCCAUACAAAAGUUUAGCUCGUGUUGUUGUGGCCACAUUCCUGAAGAGGAACGUACGUAUUUCAUCUGCAUCAGAAACAUUUUACCAUGGGUUUAGUGAUGGUCUAUCAAUGAAAUCGCUUUCUUCUCCAACUUUCAGCUUCAGAUUUCUAAAUCGUGCAGCACUGAAAGUAGACGGCGAUACAAAUGAAGAUGGGUCCGUAGCAAAAGAAUGGAGACUAUGCACCGUACAACAAGUGGAAGAUUUCAAAACAGUGAUCAGAAUCAUCCCACUUUGGUUCUCAAGUUUUUUCUUGAGCACACCAAUAGGUAUUCAAAGCAGUCUAGCAGUACUUCAAGCUUUGAGAAUGGAUCGUCACGUUGGAACACAUAACUUCAAAAUCCCAGCUGGUUCUUUCCUUGUUUUCACUCUAGUUGCCACAGCAAUAUCUCUCACUAUCAUCGAUCGUUUCCUCGUGCCAACCUAUCAGAAGUUUAUACGUCGACCUCUAACACCUCUCCAACGUAUAGGUGUUGGUCAUGUCUUGACUGUCAUUAGCAUGGCUGCAUCGGCCAUUGUGGAACGGAAACGUCUGAGUAUUGUUUGGUCUGACGGACUCACAUCUUCUACAACUGCUGUAACCAUGUCCGCUUUUUGGUUGGUGAUACCAUUAGUUUUAGUUGGUGUUGGUGAGGCUUUCCAUUUUCCCGGCCAAGUUGCUUUGUAUUAUCAAGAGUUUCCGGUUUCAUUACACAGUACUUCAACCGCCAUGAUAUCGUUGCUUGUUGCCGUAGGGUUUUAUUUGAGCACGGCCAUGAUUGAUCUGGUUCAACGGAUUACCGGAUGGUUGCCGAAUAAUAUUAAUCAGGGAAGAGUGGAUAGUAUGUUUUGGUUAUUAGUAGUGAUUGGAGUAAUUAAUUUUGGUUACUUCAUAGUUUGCUCUCUACUGUAUAAGUACCAAAAUGUUAAUGAUCAAAACUCAACCAAGGUUGAUGAUAAACCAAGACAAGGACAGAACUGAGAAGUUAUGUAUUGUGCGUCUUGACAUAAUAAAGUAAUGAAGAAUUAAUUACAUUA